AUGGGCGCCGCGGUGGUGACCGCGCUGCGGUCCCAAAUGCUGCUGCACAUCACGGUUCCCCAGAAGCUGCUCUCAGAAAGAGCUGGAGAGACGGAUGCCGUGUCCUACAUCCUCAAGAUAGAGGGGAGGCCGUACACCAUCCACCUGCAGCCACAAUUCUUUCUAUCGGAUGAUUUCAGGAUUUACACGUACAAUGAGCAGGGAUCUCUGCGCUCCGCCUCGCCCCCUAUCAAGGGAAGCUGCUACUACCGGGGCUACAUCGACGGCUUCCCCAGCUCAGCAGUGACCCUCAGCACGUGCUCAGGGCUCAGGGGCUUGCUGCAGUUCGACAACGUCAGCUACGGCAUCGAGCCCCUGGGCUAUUCCCCUGCGUUCGAGCACCUUGUGUACCGCGUGAGGGACGGGCAGGCCGCGGGUUCCCUCCUCACCAGCAGCCGCCCCGAGGCAGGGCCCGAUGGGCUGACAGCGAUGGAGGCAGCAAGCAGAGCACAGGGAUGGGAUGAACUCGGGCACGAGAGGAAGAUCGCGCUGCACCUCAUUUUGGAGAGGGCUUUGUACGACUACCUGGGUGCAGAUGACUACGUUGUGGUCCAGAAGAUGGUUCAGGUCGCCAGCCUGCUCAGCAUUGUGUUCAGGUCUCUCAACCUAACGGUCACACUGUCCUCCGUGGAGGUCUGGAUGGAUAGCAGCAUGCUGAAGACAACAGGGAAUGCAGAAGCAGUGCUGAUGCAGCUCAUGCAGUGGAAGAAGAGCAGCCACGUCCUGCAGCCCCCUGAAGUGCCCUAUCUGCUGCUGUACAGGGACCAAGCAGCUUUUGUGGGCACAACAGCUCCAGGAAAAGCGUGUCAGAGGGAUGCUGCCGGCAUCGUGGCUGUGUUCCAGAAGGGUGUAACACUGGAGUCCUUCGCUGCCCUCCUGGCUCAGCUGCUGGGCCGCAGCCUGGGUAUCAGCUAUGAUGAGUCCCCGCAGUGCCGCUGCCCCGGGCACGUCUGCAUCAUGAGCCCCGAGGCGCUGAGUUUCAAUGGGGCAAAAGCCUUCAGCAGCUGCAGCAUCAGGGACUUUGAGACCUUCCUGAAGCAGAACAGGGACUGCCCCAUCAUGAGGCAAGCUCAGCCCCAGCCUUCCCACCAUAAGGGCUCAUGCGGCAACGGCGUGGUGGAGGCUGGCGAGCAGUGCGACUGUGGGUCGAUGGAGGACUGUGCCUCAGACAAAUGCUGUACUCCCCAGUGUCUCCUCAAGCCAGGAGUGCAGUGCUCCUCGGGAUUAUGCUGUCAGAAUUGCCAGUUCAAGCGCAAGCACUGGCAGUGCCGCCCCGCCGCCGAUGAGCAGUGUGACCUGGCCGAGUUCUGCACCGGGGCCUCGGCCUCCUGCCCCCCCGACCUGUACGUGCAGGACGGGCACGGCUGCGGGCAGGGCACCGGGUACUGCUACAAGGGCCGCUGCCAGUCCCCGGACCUGCAGUGCCAGCGCAUCUAUGGGAAAGGUGCCAAGAAUGCUCCUUUGGCCUGUUAUGAAGAAGUCAACAGCCAUCAGGACAGGUUUGGGCACUGUGGCAACCACCCGAUGGAUGGCUACCAGCCCUGCUCCUGGCCGAAUCUGGGAUGUGGGAAGUUGGUGUGCGUGUACCCCAAUCGCCUUCCCUUCACAAAGAUGAAGGGGGCCAUCAUUUAUGCUCAUGUGCAAGAGCAUCUCUGCGUGUCUUUUGACUUCAUGAACGGACCCACAAAGUUUGAUCCUCUCAUGGUGAAGGAAGGAACAAAAUGUGGUCCUGGAAAGGUUUGUUUGAAUGGCACUUGCCAGCCACAUUCAGUGCUGAAAUACGACUGCAACGUGCAGGAGAAAUGCCACGGGCACGGGGUGUGCAACAACAACAGGAACUGCCACUGCCAUCGGGGCUGGAGCCCGCCCGACUGCGAGACCACAGGACCCUUUGUUGGUGGCAGCAUUGAGAACCCAUGGGAGGCCGUUGGAAGUGUCCAAAGCUCUGCCCCCCUGAUACACGGGCUGCUGCUGGGCUUCGGCGUCCUCCUCUCCCUCCUCUGCAGCAUCACUGUGUUUGUGAGGUGGAGGCGGUAGAACGGGUUCUUUACAAGGAGGUGGUCGCGAACCCAGGGCCCCGACGGCGGCCGGGACACGGACACGAAGACGGAGUCGAGCACGGACGUGGAGGAGAGCGCGGAGCCGGAGCCGGAGCCGGAGCCGGGCGGGGCCGCAGGGGCAGGCGCGGGCCCCCCCGCAGUCGUUAAUAAAGGCGUUGGGCUCAGCCGCGUGUCCGCGCUGUGUGCGG